UUUUGAAUCCUCCCCUACUUCUUUGAGAGCACCAGCAUUUGUGGCUCUUGGUCAUCCGGCAGGAACGGUGCCUCAGCCUUGAGGCGAUGCCCGUCUCCCCUGCAUUCUGAUUCCUCUCCUUCGGCCUCUGCAACUCGUGGAAGAGGAAGGAAACAGGAUUAGAAUCCACUCACUGGUGGGUCAGGGACUGGUGAUGCUGUUCCCCAGCCUCCCAGAGGACGCCUGAGCAUGGCGUUGCCAUAGCGACGGCUCCUACUGCUCCCUAGAUAAGACAGGCAAGAGCGUCAGCUGCAGCCCCAGCCCCUCCAGCGAGCCUCGACGCCAAACUGCACCUUCCUCACCACCUCGCACCGCUUUUUUUGUUCGUUGGUUUGUUUUGGGUUUUUUUGUGUGUGUCUGUGUGUGUGUAGUAUCUUCAAAGGAGGAGAAAAGCCUAUUUCAAUGAUGUCAACAGAAUAUGUUCAGCCACUUGAUAUGCCAGAUGACAGACUGGAUAAGCGAGAUUCACAGUGUAACCAUUUAGAAGACCUUUCAGAGCAGCUGAUUAAGAGCUGUGACCUCAAAAAAACCCCAAGAAAAGGUAAAACCAUCCUAGCUUCCCAAAAUGCUGAACAGGAGCAAAAAAAGCCAAGGAGAAAAGAUACACCAGCUUUGCACACUCCACCACCUCUAACAGGCAUACUUUCAGACUUUUCUGAUAAUCUGCUGAAAAGGUAUGGUAUCACAGAGAAGCCACAGAGAGAGAGAGUGAGUCCAGUCUCUCAGAUCACUGAACUGGAGCAGAAAAAGCCCAGGAGAAAAGAUACACCUGCAGUACACAUCCCACCUUUGAUAAUGGGCACUAAGCUGUUUACAGAAGAAGAACGAACAGUGAUUAUGGAAGAUGAAGAAAAGGAUGGAGACACAAUCCACAGUAGACAGCUGAGGACCACACUAGUUUGGACUUCAUUUGCCACAGUGACUGACCCAGCAUCUUUCAUGAGAAUGCAGUCUAUUCACAAAUAUCGAGCUUCAAGAUGUAAUCAACAAGCUUAUAAUAAAUAAUUGCAUAUUAAAGUGUACAAGAGGCCUGCUAUAUUAUUAAUGGGAUGCCUGAUAACUAGGAGGUGUACUUGUUUUUAUCCUGUUAACCUAUCAGUGAGAUAUUUAAAAUACAAACAAUCAAUAGUUCAUAUAACAACAGUAAUGUAAGGUACACAGUAAAGUAUGUCACAUCAAGUAUGUGAAAAAAAAUACGUGUGACUCAAGUCUAGCUUUACCAGUGAAGCUGGUGAAUAUUUUCAGUGCACAAUACAGCAAGAGUGAGAGUGUGGAAUCCUGAAAAGAUUCAAAUGAACAUCAGCAAUGGAUUAGAUAUGAAAAUAUACAUGUUUAGACAUGAAGGCCCUUAACAACACAAAGCAGGAGCACAAAUAGGAUGUGACUGACUUCACUGCUCUGAAAAGGAUUUGUUUCCAAGCCUGGGGAAUUCUGACACAGCUUAAUAGGGAAAAAAAACCCCAAACAACAACAAAAAAAGCGCCCUUUAAGCCUAGCACUAUAUGUUGUUCAGCAAAGAGGACUUACAGUCUGAGUGACAUCUUUGAUGGCACACCAGCCUAAUUUACCAUCCCUGUAUAGAUCAACUCGAAGUCCAGACAUAAAAAUGCUGCAACACACAUCAUAUUCUGCAAUUCUUUUAAAACUGCAUAUUCACAACCUGGCAAUUCAGCUUUUUCUGUUCUUCCACUCAGGAGCAACAUAAGCAAUUAAAAGUAAUUUUUCACUUGAUCAAUUAAGUUAAUAGAAGGUUUUGCAAUGUUCCUGGGAAGCAGUGUGAUGAAUCAUUUGUCUGCUUCCACAUGCUUCAUUGCAGUCAAAGUGUUAAAUGUCAUUUUGUUUGGGAAUAAAAUAAUUUUUUUUCAAAUGAGGCAGACAAUUCCCCUUCCCCCAAAACAAAGCCUUUAGGUUUUGCAGAAUCGCGUGUGAACUCUACAGUGGUUUAUUGGGUUUAUUUAUUGUCAUUCAGUCUCCAUUUAAGACCAGAUAGUGCUAAAACCAACAAAUUGCUCUCCCCAGACAAAUGACAGGAGUUGGUUUGUUCUGGGGUAGAAAUGCUUUUGUAUCCAGUGUCCCCAAAGGCCAUUACACCAAAAAUGAAAGGAAACUGAAAGCACAGACACACCUAAGCAUUUCCAUAGGACUGUUAGGACUGGGAUGCUCCAGACUGAAGUCACUUACAUUGUCUGCUAUGUGCAUUGACUGCUUUGUGUCUUGAUAGCUGGCUUGCAUUCAGAUAUUUAUCUGGAAUGGCAUCUUACCCCAGAAGUCUGCACUGGGUGGGACAACCACUCUAAGCCCUCAGCAGAGAAUGAAGUGCUUCAGUUAGUGAAUAAAAGACUGCAGUCAGGAGAUCAUUAAUGGCUAAUAUUUUUGAAGUGAAUUCUCAAUUAGCGUCUACCUAGAAACUAAGACACAGGUGUCCAUUUACAAUAAAAUUGGGACUAAGGGAUUUAAUGGUCUUAUGCUUUAACAACUUUCAACUAAGGGUUACAGAAAGUCCAUCACCUAUUUGAAGGGGUUGUGAUGAGCAUUUUUGUAGUGCUAAAUAUGAGAUUCAUGGGAUAUGUGGAACAAAUUCAAAGCAACAUUCAUGAUGCUAUUGUAAACUCACACUAUAUUCAUAGAUAAAGCAGCAUUUGCAUGCACUGAGUUUAGCAAAACUUACAAUGAAUUUAUGUCUGGUUGAAAUUUUGUCUUAGUGGUUAGUAAAUUGAUAAUUGUAUAAUGCUUUGACCACAUAAAUUGAUAUGUUUAGAUAUCAUAACAGAUCAUCUUCCUGCGUGUUCUAUGCCAUCCCUACCUUUUGUGAUUACACUUUUUACACAUGACCUUACAGUAUUCUUGUAUGCAGAGAGACUGCCCAGCAAUACCAUCUACAAGCAAAAAUCAAAAAAGCAUGUCAGUGAAGCACAUUAGAAAUUUUGGCUUCUCACUUGUAUUUAGAUAAGUUAAUAAACAGAUAUUAUUCUGUUCCUCACAUCCCUCCCAAAAAGCCAUGGGCCUUUUAAAGUGAGGUGGUGCAAACUGAAAUACCAAUAUUUUGGCAAUGUAGAUCCAGAAAUAGAACGAGUGAACAUUUAAAGCCAGUUUCUACCCCAUGAUACUGGCUUCUGGUCCUGCAUGAGGAACCCAUGUAGCCUGUCAGAUCCAGGAGCUAUAAAGGGAAGCUUAAUCCAUCCUUAUUCCUGACAUCCUGAAAAGACACAGACUGGACAGAGAGACGAGUGACUGCUAAAUUAUUAUGCACAUUCUAGAAAUAAAAGAACUGCAUUUGA